AUGAAGCCGGAAUCGUCGCUGACAGCCUGGCUCGUUUCCGGUGUCGAACGACUGGAUGUUGAAGGCGGCAACAGUGCGGGUACUUUAGGCCGUGUCGGUGAAAAAGUUGCUGGUGUU